UUCAACUAGGCUACUCUUCAAUAAUUCCCGGAAUCAAAAGGAGUCUCUCAGUCUCAGAGCAUUAAGGAAAGUUAUAAGCCAAAGGGCCUAAAAGAAGGCUCUCAGCAGUAGCUUACACGAAACCUCUAUUCUCUCCAUCAGAGUAGAAGAAUAAUUGGUGGAUAACUGAUAAUCAGAUCAAUUGAUCAUCGAUCUGGGUAUCUGAAAUUCUCCACGCACCCCAUUUCUCUCUGAAGAUUUUUAGGAAAGAAAAAGAAAAAAUGGUGUCGGCAAAUAGGGAGAUGGUGGUGUAUUGCUUCGACACACUGGUCGCCCACUACAACAGCGAACAAACCCCUCCUCCUGCUUUCGAUGAGGGUCAACACCCAUUAUUUGUUACUUGGAAGAAAGUGGUUAAUGGUGGGGAGCCUCGUUUACGUGGGUGCAUUGGAACAUUGGAAGCUCGCUGCUUAAUCAAUGGUUUCAAGGACUAUGCGUUAACAAGCGCUUUAAGGGACCGCCGCUUCCCGCCCAUUCAGGCCAAAGAGUUACCUUUUUUGGAAUGUACAGUUUCCAUUCUGGUUAAUUAUGAAACUGCUCUCCAUUACCUUGACUGGGAGAUUGGAAAGCAUGGUAUAAUUAUUGAGUUUACUGAUCCUGACCAUAAUACAAGGCGAAGUGCCACAUACCUGCCUGAGGUGGCUGCUCAUGAAGGUUGGACAAAGACAGAAGCGAUUGACUCACUGAUGCGAAAAGCAGGUUACAAUGGAACCAUAACUGAGUCACUCCGAAAGCGUAUCCGACUGACCCGUUACCAGAGCACACUAUUCACCAUGCAAUACAGUGACUAUGUUGCAUAUGUCCAAACAACCAGAGGUGCUGCUCCCUCUGUUUCUGGGUCGAAGUUCGACAACUAUUGACUGUUUCAAACACCUUUAGUUGAAACCACAAACUAGAUUGGGUGGUUAGAUGGUAAAUUUAUUUGAAAGAAAUAAUGGGUUGGGAUGAAUUUAUUUUAUGUUCCAACCCAUUCCAGUAAUUGUUGUGAUCUGUCUCUGAAUUAUUCUUUUGAUUUGAAGAGAGCACCAGAAGUGCUCACUCGGGAUACUAUGCUCAUUGUGUGGAAUUCAUGUCCCACAGCCUCUUUGGGAGAGCUGCUAAGUUGUAAAACUUAUUACUGUAAAAUAAAUUCAUCCUGUGUGUUUCUUUAUGCUGUUUCAUAAUUCAGUUCAGUUUGUG